GGAGAGUCUGCAUAAACCUAUUUGUUUUUAUAAAUCAAUCUUUUUUCUUCUUUUUGUAAAGGCCAACUUGUGUGUUGUUUAUCUUUUAUUUGCAGACUUUAUUUAUAGUUGGUGUAUCAAAAAUAUUCUAUUUUGCAAAUCACCUCCUUCUUUCUCUCUCUUUCUCUCGGAAUCAUCGGACCCUCCGCAAGCAGAUGAACGUCAAUCGCCGAAUGAUUUUAUAUUCAUCAUGGCCCAAUCAUUUACCAAAUGCUGCUCUAAUGAUGAUGAAAAAAAAUGGUAUAACUCGGGGUUUAAAUAUAUUUCAUCAUAUGAAUCAACUAUCUUCUUUUCCUUCUCUCUCUUUUUUUUUCUCACUCUCUUUUUCUUUCUUUCAAUCAAACAAAAUAGUUCAAUGAAAAUAACCCAUGAAUAUUAACAACCAUAGCAACAAUAAUACUAAUAAUAAUAACCUAAUGGACUUUAAAGUCUUGUCAAAGUACGAUGAUCUAUUUACUGAUGUAUUCUUGGAUAACUUGCACCUUUGGUUCGAUACUAUCAAGAUGAAUGAUGAGCAUCGAAGACCAAGAGUACCUAAUGCAAAAAUACUGAGCAUCAUUCAGAAAAAUAUACUAGAAAACUCGAGACUUGUGGAUGCUAUUAAUGAAAUAUUAGAAAUUGACUACUUUAAACACUAUUUGUCCUUAAAGAAUCCAAAACAGAUACAAGAAUUUGUUCAGCAUAUGAAACGUUAUUUAUACAUGUACAUGCCAAACGCAGGCUAUGAAGUAAGCGAUACGAACAGAUACUCAGAUAAAAGAGUAGAGGCAUGCUUAGUAGCUACCAAGGAUUGGCAUGUCGGCGAUGAGAUGAAGUUUUUAACCGGCAUGAUCGCUACCCUUGAUCCAGAGGAUGAUGCUGAAUUAAAGAAAGGUAACAGGGACUUUAGUGUCAUGUGGUCGGCAAGAAAAAAUUGUACCUGUCUCUUCUUGGGUCCUGCAAGGUUUGCUAACCAUGAUUGUGAUUCGAAUUGUCAGUUUAUUGCACACGGCCCAAAUUCGAUUAUAUUUAAAGUAGUCAAGGAGAUCAAGUGUGGUGAUGAAAUCACGGUAUUUUACGGCAAUCACUACUUUGGGGAGAAUAAUUGCGAGUGUAAAUGCAUCACCUGUGAGAAAAGAGGUACGGGUUAUUUCACUAUCCCAUCCACAACCGAAGAGGAGGAUACAAGAACAAAUAAACGUCCUACACGAACAAGAAAACCCCCGGUUGCACAUGAAGACUAUAUUCAAAUAACAACAAGCCGCCGAACAAAGCGUACUGUAAGCCAGUUGGAAGAAGACGACAGGGAUGAAGAAGGGGAAGCGAACAAGAAGCUAAAGAUGAGCAUUGACUUUAUCUGUAAUCACGAAAGCAACAGUAAGAACGACGACACCACUCAUUUGAAUCUACUCGUGAAUGCGGCUGUCAUGGAGACCAAAUAUUUGCCAGAAAAGAAUCAAGAUGAACUAACCAUCGUCGUCAACCCUGACCUGUACCCUUCUCACGAUUCACCUCCUUUAUCUACCAAAGCCGAUUCAGCUGUCAGUUUAUCGCCGAAAACUGAAAAGAAGGAAUUUGACGAUUUUGAUUAUUUGGAUCCGUUUUUGGACGAUGUAUCCGACCUGUCAUCCGUGUCGUCUAGCGUAUUUGAUGAAGAAGAAGAGGAGCUACAAAGACAAAAGAAUGAUGCAAUCAAGAAAGCGAAAAAGGAAAAGGAUUUAUCAUGUAUUGCAUGUAAGCGGCCUCUACAGGAUAUCCCACAACAAGUAGGCGCCGAAACGCAUGAGCUCGCUACCUGGACAUGGAGUCCAAGCGCAGUGUUUACAGAUUGGUGCCCAAAGCGAUGUCCUCGUUGCGAACGACAUUUUAUUAUAUUUAGGCAAGAAUGGCCAGACAGAAAACAAAAGAAAAUAGUGAAAAAGAGUAAAAGGAAAAAGAUGAAUAAGAAAAUAAUUGACCUUCCGCCGGCUAUGGAUCUUCUAAGCAGCCAACUAAACACACCCUCUGAACUAACCCCCUCCUCUGAAUAUGCUCCCUCUCCGUCUUUGGCAGAAGAAAUAGAAUUGUAAAAAUAUGCUUAUAUUAUUGUACAUAGACACACAUACAAACAU